CUCACCAAAGCAAGUGAUCCACAAGGCACAGCCACAGACCGGAGGCUAUAGACCCCAAGAGUACCUAUCCUAAUUCCAAAAGACAAGGGCCGCCAGAAAAUUUGCAAUAAGCGCCGAUAAAUACAAAUACAAAACCCCCAGAAAAAAACUCGACAUCUCCACUUAAUACUCGCGCUGUCUCUCUCUCGUUUUUCACGAAAUGAUGAAGGCAUCUUUGAAGGGCAAGUAUGAAACUGACCAAAGCAGCGCGGCAGUUACUGUUGCCUUCAACGCCGGCGAUGUCAAGCUCCGGGCUUCCAUGACAGACGCAACCGUCGUCAAUGGUCCCAGCUUAAACGGUUUGGUUUUAGCUAUCGAGAAACCCGGCUUCUUUGUCGUCGACUACAACGUCCCCAAAAAGGAUUUUCGGUUUCAGUUUAUGAACACAGUUAAGGUUGCUGAUAAGCCCUUGAACCUGACAUACAUUCACAGCAGAGGGGAUAACCGCACGAUAUUAGAUGGGGCUCUUGUGUUUGAUUCAGCUAAUAAGGUGUCCGCAAAUUACAUGCUUGGUACAGGGAAUUGUAAGCUGAAGUAUACAUAUGUGCAGGGAGGGGCAACAACAUUUGAACCUUGCUAUGAUUUGGCAAAGAACUCCUGGGAUUUUGCUGUUUCACGUAAGGUUUAUGCUGAUGAUGUGUUUAGGGCGACAUAUCAAACAUCAAGCAAGGCAUUGGGAUUAGAGUGGUCAAGGAAUUCAAAAUUUAAUGGCAAUUUCAAGAUCUCUGCAUCCCUCAAUUUGGGCGAGGAGUCAAAAGUGCCAAAACUAAGUGCUGAGAGUACAUGGAACUUAGAGAUUUGACAAUAAUUGUAUUUGUUCGAUGUUGCAUUGGAUCGUUUAAACUUGAAUAAACAGUUCACUCACCAUUGUAUGCACCCCAAAAUUCCUAAUAGCUUUAAAGUUUAAUAUAUUGGAUGCACUCCAAAAUUCCUAAUAGCUUUAAAGUUUAAUAUUCGUUUGUUCUCGAAUAUUGUUUAUAAUUGUGAGUGAGCUGAUUACCUGUGAAGGGGGCAGCUCCAUAUCAUCAAUUGUCAAAAUUUCUUUUCUGAAAUUUGAUACUUUUAUUUUUACC